CAGCAGCGGGGACAAGGACUCAGAGUCCGGCCGAGCCUCGUGUCUGUCAGCCGGCUGAAAGCGAAGCAGCUCCGUGUCCUCGGCUCCGAGUCCAGCCGCAGGCCAAGCCGUUAGGAGGUGAAGGAGGCCCGGCCGACGGCCGCGCUCCGCUCCGUGCCGCGCUGCUCUGCGGGGAAUGUGCGCGCGCAGGGGGAGGCUCCGCGCUGACUCGGUCCGGGACGGUCAGUGUGUAAUGGAGAAGCGGGACUCAGAGCGGAGGAGGACUUGUUUACACAUCUGGACGAGGAGGAAGUUGGUUUACUGGCUCAAACACAAAAACUGAAAACACCCACACACUAAAACGCUGAAGAGGAGGAGAGCUGAUCUUCAUCAGGGAUGUACCUGCUGGACAGGAUGGAGAGGGGAACUCCUCAGAGGAAAACUGUGUACCGGAUCUCCCUCACGCUGGUAAAGAGGGAGAGCCUGGACGACUCCGGGGCCACGUCAGGCCCCCAGCAGGCUGAGACCACCAGGGUGGGGGCUUUCGGAAAGGAAAGCUCUGUGGAGGUCCAGCGGAGCGGCCUCCUGGAGGAACUGAAGGAGGUGGAGGACGAGUCGGAGGAGCUGUCGUCGUCUCGCGGCUUCAUGAGGAACUUCCGGACUUUCAGCACCGGGCAGCUGGAGCUCGGCAGGAUGAAGAUCUGCAGGAGGCUGCAGAGGGAGCUGAAGACCAGGAGUCCACUAGCAGAGCAGGGCAGGGAGCCGCCAAGCAAUGAUUCUGGUCCCAGUCCUGGUCCCGGUCACGAGGUCCAGGAGCAGGAGACUGAGGACCCAGACCGGAUUAAAGGAGGUCUCUGCUCUGCUGUGGAGAACGGCAACACUGGGAAGAAGAACAGGAUCCAGAAGGCCCGGAGCAUGGAGGAGAGGAGCUCAGAGCCUCCUGUGAACAGGGAUGGGAAGUUGUCCCACUCCAGGAGUAACGGCAAGACCCCCAAACCUGCGUGCCCGGAGACCCCCCCUCUAAAGCCGGGGCUGCUGCGCCGCAGCUUCAGCUUCAGGCACUGGAGCAGCGGCGAGCUGCUGCGUCUGCGGGCGCUGUCCAGAGACAAGCACCACAGCAGCUCCACCUGCAUCGGACAGGCUACGGCCGAGCCCCCCCGCCUCCCUGACACCCCCCCAGAGAAGAGCCGGACCCUGGAGGUGGGCGCCAUCCUCAACAAGACUGAUUCCAUGACGGAGCUGAGCCGCUGGGAGGACAUACGAGGCGGCAAGAACCGCACGCUGGACAACAGCGACCUGCUGAGGCUGGCGGCCGACAAGGAUGCCGGGGGAGGGGGGUUCCUGCUGCGGGGAGGGGGGGGCCGAUCCAGCGAGCGCCGCCUGGUUCGCUUCUUCAGCGGGAUCUUCUCCAGGAGGGACGGAGUGUCUCCGGCAGGCAGUCCCAGCACCAGCAGGUCCCUGAGACGCUGCAGGAGGACGGCGGUGGUCCGGUCCAGCUCCGAGAGCAUGAACGGCAGCGGAGACGAUGCGUUUGUGAACAGCCAGGAGUGGACGCUCAGUCGCUCGGUACCGGAGCUGAAAGUGGGCAUCGUGGGUAACCUGGCCAGCGGUAAGUCGGCGCUGGUCCACAGAUACCUGACGGGAACGUAUGUCCAGGAGGAGUCGCCUGAAGCUGACGUGGAUGCAGGUGGUCGCUUCAAGAAGGAGAUCGUGGUGGACGGUCAGAGUCACCUGCUGCUCAUCAGAGAUGAAGGAGGCCCCCCGGAGGCUCAGUUCGCGUUGUGGGUGGACGCCGUCAUCUUUGUCUUCAGUCUGGAGGAUGAGAUCAGCUUUCAGACGGUGUAUCACUACUUCAACCGCCUGGCGAACUACAGGAACACCGCCGAGCUGCCGCUGGUCCUGGUUGGAACACAAGAUGCCAUCAGCUCCACCAACCCGAGGGUGAUCGACGACAGCCGGGCGAGAAAACUCUCCAACGACCUCAAACGCUGCACCUACUACGAAACCUGCGCCACCUAUGGCCUCAACGUGGAGCGAGUCUUCCAGGACGUCGCCCAGAAGAUCGUGGCCACCAGGAAGAAGCAGCAGUUGUCCAUCGGGCCUUGCAAGUCGCUUCCGAACUCCCCGAGUCACUCGUCUGUCUGCUCCACACAGGUGUCGGCCGUCCACGUCAGCCAGACGAGUAACGGCGGAGGCAGCUUGAGCGACUACUCGUCGUCGGUGCCGUCCACGCCCAGCACCAGCCAGAAGGAGCUCCGCAUCGACGUCCCACAGACCACCAACACCCCGACGCCGGUCCGGAAGCAGUCCAAACGCCGCUCCAACCUCUUCACCUCGAGGAAGGCCAGCGAGUCGGACAAGGACAAGAAAGGCCUGGAGGCUCGGGCCGACAGCAUCGGCAGCGGGCGAGCCAUCCCCAUCAAACAGGGCAUGCUGCUAAAGAGGAGCGGCAAAUCCCUCAACAAGGAGUGGAAGAAGAAGUAUGUGACGCUGUGCGAUAACGGACUCCUCACCUACCAUCCCAGUCUGCACGACUACAUGCAGAAUGUCCAUGGGAAGGAGAUCGACCUGCUCCGGACCACCGUGAAAGUGCCGGGAAAGAGGCCGCCUCGCGCCGUGUCCACCUGCGCCGCCAUGCCGAGUCCCAAAACCAACGGCCUGGCCAAGGACAUGAGUAGCCUGCAGCUCGGACAGACCCCAGGUGCGGUGACCAGCAGCUCAUCGGCGUCCCAGAUGGCGAGCGGCGUCAGCUUGGUGUCUUUCAACAGCCGCGGCCUGGAGGGCAUGCACCAACGUUCCUACUCCGUCUCCAGUGCUGACCAGUGGACCGACGCCACCGUCAUCGCCAACUCCGGAGUCAGCACAGAUACAGGUCUCGGUGACUCUGUCUGCUCCAGUCCCAGUAUCUCCAGCACCACCAGUCCCAAGAUGGAGCCACCGCCAUCGCCACACUCCAACCGCAAGAAGCACCGCAGGAAGAAGAGCACCAGCAACUUCAAAGCUGAUGGAUUCUCUGGUACUGCUGAAGAACAAGAGGAGAACUUUGAGUUCACCAUCGUGUCGUUGACGGGGCAGAUGUGGCAUUUCGAGGCCACUUCGUACGAAGAGCGGGACGCCUGGGUGCAGGUCAUCGAGAGCCAGAUCCUGGCCAGUCUGCAGUCCUGCGAGAGCAGCAAGAACAAGUCUCGUCUGACCAGCCAGACGGAGGCGUUGGCGCUGCAGUCCAUCCGCAGUAUCCGGGGCAACGGUCGCUGUGCCGACUGCGACGCACAGAAUCCAGAUUGGGCAAGUCUGAACCUCGGGGCUCUGAUCUGCAUUGAGUGCUCGGGCAUCCACCGGAACCUGGGCACCCACCUGUCCAGGGUUCGCUCUCUGGACCUGGACGAGUGGCCACUGGAGCUCAUCAAGGUGAUGUCGGCCAUCGGCAACGAGCUGGCCAACAGCGUGUGGGAGGCCAACGCUCAGGGACGGCUGAAACCGGGACCGGACGCCAGCAGAGAGGAGCGGGAACGCUGGAUCCGGGCAAAGUACGAGCAGCGUUUGUUCCUGGCGUCGCUGCCCUGCACUGACCUCUCUCUGGGCCAGCAGCUGCUAAGGGCUACAGCUGAGGAGGACCUUCAUUUCGUCGUCCUGCUGCUCGCCCACGGCUCCCGACAGCAAGUCAACGAGACCUUCGGGGAUGGAGAUGGACGCAACGCACUUCACCUGGCCAGCCACAAAGGCAAUGUGGUCAUCACACAGCUCCUCAUCUGGUACGGCGUGGACCUGAUGGCGAGGGACGUCCAUGGCAACAGCGCCCUGGCAUACGCCCGGCAGGCCAACAGUCAGGAGUGCGUGGAGACGCUGGCUCAGUACGGUUGCCCUGACGAACGCUUCCCACUCAUUGCCACGCCCAACCUGUCGCGCCGCAACACCAACCGUAACAACAGCUGCAGCAGCGCCGGCAGCGCCGCACUCAUAUGACCCCAACGUUUCCUCCAUUAACUCUGCAACCAACAAACAAACAAACACCGAUUUGGGAGAAGUCUGUCCUCCAACUUUGGGAACCACUACUUGUUGUAACUCUAAGCCCCGCCCCCUCUGCCUUCGGGUAGACUGAUCAUUGGCCAGUGGUGAUGCAAUGUCUCUGUUUGGGAGAACCACCAGGAAUAACUGUCCCAAAGCAUGCUGGGAAAUAUGGUCCACAAUCAUCCACACUGGAGCUGGCUCAUUUGAGCAUUCUGGGAAAUGGUCACAUGACUCUACGGGUCUCAUACCUCAUCAUUUAACACUACAAGGCCAGUUCCAGUUCAGCCAAUCAGAACCCAUGCCCUGUUUCCCAUUAAGACAUAUCACCUCCUCCCCAAAAACAAAGAAAAACUACAAGACAGAGCUGUCCUCGGGCAUGCCUGGAACUUUCUGAAGGCACUUCAUCCUCAUUAUCGUUGGCAUUCCACUUUUCCUGCUGCUUUGUUCCCUCUAAUAAACUUUCCUGCCUUCAUGGUGUUUUAAAUGAUCUCGUCGUCUGUAGAGGAAAAAGAAAUCAGAUGGUAGAGGUAAAACGAAGUGUGGUAGAUCGCAUGUCCUAGACACUUUCCCUUGUUUCUAUGUUCAUUUAAGGCAUUUCCAGGAUUGUGUAUAUUAUCUCCAUGUGCAUUGCUGGACCAAUGGUUAAAAAUGUAAACAUGGGGAAAGUUUUAUUGUCUCUGUGUGUGUGUGUGUGAGAGAGAGUGUGUGUUAGUUUUCGGGUGUAUAAAGUCAUAAAGUGUACAGAAGCUUUUAUCGGGCUCAGGGACCGGAAACUGUCGAUCAUCAACCCCCGCCAGUCCUUUCACCAGGUUUCAGCCUGUUUUACAUCAUGUUACUGGUUUCAGACCGUAGCUCAUGAUGUCGUCCAGCAUUUAAUUUAAUUUAAACUCUAAAGUUCACGUUAUUCUGACGUAAACAUUUUUGAAAAGGGAACUGAUCUUCUUCUUCAGGUGUUCUGAUAUUUGCUGUCAGUCCAGACAUGUCACAGUGAUGAGGAGAUGGUUUCCCAUCCAAUCAGACCCUGAUCUGCUCAGCGAAUCACUAAGAAGGGCUGAUUCUUCUUCUCUGGUCUGGAAAUGUCCUUGUUGUAAAUAAUUUUCUCCUUUUCUAUAACUUUCUUCCCUCUGAUGAUGCUGUCACAUAAAUAAGCGAUCACAGGAAGUACUAACUGUACGUCAGCAUGUUGGGUUGCACCGUGGAAGUGAUUUAGUCUAGCGUGUUGUGAGGGUGUGGUUCUGUAGAAAAACCAGGCAUCCGGACCAGUGGGUCCAGACUGGGUUAGGGUUAGUUUACCAGACAAGGAAAAGUUUAAGACCAGUUCAAGUCCAGAUACAGCAGAGUCUAAAUGGAGCCAGGUUUGCUUCAUUUGAAUUCACAAAAUGAGUCUAACUUUGAGAGGAAAUAAAGUCAAAAUGCACCAAAAAGAGACUUAAAUCAAGUUAGAAUAAAAAUUGAUCCCAAAUAUGGUGUGGUGAAGACCGAACCUGAAGUCCACAUGUAGCUUCGUUUGAGCCUACAUGAGCUCCAAAUGUUUCCGAGUUGAGGCUGAGAUGAAAUCCGGUCCGGUUCGAGUCAUCUGUGAGUUGGAAAAUUGUCCUAAAAUCGGUAUGGACUCCAAAUGUGGUAAAACUAAAGUGUACAGGGUACAUUUCAUUAAAGGCAGAAAAACUGUCAGAUUUUCUGUGCUUCUACAUCAGCAUGACAGCCACUGGUUUUAAAUUCCACGGAGAAUGAGAGGAGAGUUUCAGGUGUAGUGAAAACACCUGGUGGUGUAGAUUUCAAUGGACUGGAAAUGUGUUGAAUGAAAGCUGACAGAUCAGGAGAGUCAGGAACGUGAGCGUGACUUCGUCUUCUUACUGUUUUAUCCUAAAUUUUUAUUCUAGAUGUUGCUGCAGUCCUCGACUGUGUUGUCCAAGCAAUAUUCAUGAUUCACUAACAAUCCUCCUUUUUGCAGAGAUCUGAAAUCCGUUCGCCCACAAACACUAACAUUUCUCUCCUCAUGCCUUCUUGUUUCUAUUUGCAUGCCUGCCUUUUUGUUCCCAGUUUUGUUGAGUUACGUGCCACCACAUCGUAUCCCUCACAGGUCACCUUUAUAAUGCCAUUUGAUUUUGUGCAAAGAUUGAUUUUUAUUUCAUGUUUUAUAUCUGAUUUGUUCCAUGUCUGUCGGGACAGAACAAAGAUCUUUUAUUUAUGACAGAAAUGCACUAAAUAUGAUUUAUUUUGUCCGUAUAACCAGAUUUCUUUACAUCCUGAUAUGAAUUUGACAAUAACUUAUUAAUGUAAGCAGUGGCAGCUGCCCGUAGUUUCGUCUAAACUCCCUGUGAAUUUAACAGCAGCUACAUUUUAGGAGCUUGGGAAUUAUAAGCUUAUAAGCAGAAAGAUGCUAAAAACUAUUGGCCAAUGCUAGCUAAAAAAAAAAACUAAAGAAAAUACACACACAAACAUAUAUAUCUGUGUGUGUGA